CUUAUGAGGAGUCUACAGAGAUAAUUCAUAAACAAACAAACAAAACUCAACGAGACAGCACCUGGAUAAAGAUCAGCCUUUUUUUCAGGAUUUCUUCACCGUGUCUUUUCAUUAUAACUCAUCCUGCGCAUUUUAUUAUUUUAUUAUAGUUUUUCACUUAUGUCCCGCAAAUCUAGCGAUGACUAUCACUUGCGUAGCAUGAGCAAUCUUAUGGGCGAGAGGAGGAAGCGCGCGUCGGAUGAUGGAGAGCGAAGUCUCAUCAAAGCUCCGUCCAGCGCCAGCAUCAGCAGCAGCAGCAGCGGCCACACGCCCGCCGCAUCCUCGGUGACACCAACCACCGCGCCCGAGGACCUGGAGCGUGCGGCGCGUAAACAGUUCCAGCAGGAUGUCACGCCGGACUUCGUGUACGUCCUGGCUGUGUUCUCCGCGAUCGGCGGAUUUCUGUUCGGCUACGACACCGGGGUGGUGUCCGGGGCGAUGCUAUUGCUCAAGAGGGAGAUGAAUAUAACUGCCCUGUGGCAGGAGUUGUUGGUGUCCGGGACUGUGGCCGCGGCGGCGGUGUCCGCGCUGUUCGGCGGUUUACUCAACGGGCUGUUCGGACGGCGGGUGUGCAUCCUGCUGGCCAGCUUUACUUUCUCCGUCGGGGGGAUUGUGUUGGGAUCUGCUCCUAAUAAAGAAGCGCUGCUGGUUGGACGCCUCAUAGUGGGACUUGGGCUGGGUAUUGCCUCCAUGACCGUUCCUGUGUACAUCGCUGAAACCUCGCCACCCCACCUGAGAGGACGACUGGUCACUAUUAACACGCUGUUCAUCACAGCUGGCCAGUUCACAGCCAGCCUUAUUGAUGGUGCAUUCAGCUAUAUGAAACAUGAAGGCUGGAGAUAUAUGUUGGGUCUGUCAGUGGUCCCAGCUUUGCUGCAGUUCCUCGGGUUCCUCUUCCUCCCAGAAAGCCCCCGCUGGCUCAUUCAGAAGGGCCUUACACAGAAGGCUCGACGUGUGCUCAGUCAAAUUCGUGGCAACCAGAACAUUGACGAGGAGUAUGAUACUAUCAAAAGCAGCAUUGAGGAGGAGGAAAAGGACAGCGGAGGAGAGGGCCCAGUGAUCUGGCGCAUGUUGACCUACCCUCCAGCUCGGCGAGCUCUCAUCGUGGGCUGCGGACUCCAGAUGUUCCAACAACUUUCUGGCAUCAACACAGUCAUGUACUACAGCGCCACCAUUCUGCAGAUGUCAGGAGUACGAGAUGACAAGAUGGCCAUCUGGCUAGUGACUGUGACAGCCUUCACCAAUUUCCUGUUUACUCUGCUGGGCGUUUGGUUGGUUGAACGUGUGGGCAGACGAAAACUAACUUUGGGAAGCAUGUUUGGAACUGUUUUGAGUCUUUGUAUCCUGUCCGUUGGCUUUCUCCUGUCAGCCCAGCAUUCUCCUCCCAUUACGUUACAUUUGACAGACCCCACGACACCCAACUCCAGCUGCAUAACACAUCUGUCAUGUGAGCCCUGUAUGUUGGACCCUGGCUGUGGUUUUUGUUAUGAGGAGAACAUCACUGCUGUAUUUGCCUCCUCCUGUGUACCAGUCAAUCCAGCCUCCACUGAGAGAGCAGCAUGGGGCAGGUGCUCUAAUUCCUCACAUGUGGCUGAUAGCAGUAUAUGGGCUUAUAACUUCUGCCCAACCUCUUACUCAUGGGUUGUGCUCCUGGGACUAGUGCUCUAUCUUGCAUGUUUUGCCCCAGGAAUGGGGCCGAUGCCAUGGACAGUUAAUUCUGAAAUCUACCCUCUUUGGGCCAGAAGCACAGGCAAUGCAUGUUCAUCUGGGGUGAACUGGACCUUCAAUGUGGUUGUUUCUCUAACGUUCCUCCACAUGGCCCAGUACUUCACUUACUAUGGUGCAUUCUUCCUCUACUCCAGUCUGGCUCUGAUUGGUUUCUUUUUCAUUUAUGGCUGUCUCCCUGAGACUAAAGGCCGGCGACUAGAAGAGAUCGAGUCGUUGUUCGAAAACCAGCUGUGUUCAUGCGGUAUCUCAGAUUCUGACGAGGAUCGGCAGGUGGAAUACAUCAGGGUCAAAGGGUCAAAUUACCACUUAUCUGACAACGAUGCAUCAGAUGUCGAAUAACUCUUAUGAAUCAUCUGAUUUGGUAAAAGGGUAUGAUGAGGUAUAAAUGUUCAGCUCAUUUAACCCUGAUGUGAUUGUCGGGUUAGCCCACUGUACUGGUCAGGAUGAGCCCCUCUCAUUUAGAGAGAUGCACCACAAUUGAAACAACAGGGUCGCAGAGCACACACAAACAAGAACACGCAGUGCCAAGUCAGCUUUUAUAAUGUCGUCAGUAUGUUUUUGUGUUGCAGUUAGCAGAUCUACUGGCACGUUACACCACUGUCAGAACAAUAUCCUUAUUUACGUGAAAUGUUUGCAGUACAAAAAGUAAGUUGUAUGCAGAAGUGUGUUUUUGUUUAUUUUAAUGUCUACAAUGUGAAUAAUGCAAAUUUUAUAUCUAAAGCAGUACAGUUUAAAUUGAUGUUACUGUAUAUAAACUAAUCCAAAUCAAUUACAUUAACAUGCUUAACAUGAUGCGAUCCCCUUAAUAUCAAUUAAAUACAAUAAGCUACGGUGUAUAAAUGUCAUUAUUUAUGUCCAUGUGGCCUCCUAUCUAAAAAUUUUUAAAUAUACAGUGAGGCUUAUAAAACGUGUAGCAUACCACAUUGUUUGUAAUAUGCAAUCUGCCUUUGAAUGUCUGGUUUUUGAAGUAGUUUAUGUAGUCAUUUGAGAAUAAAACUUCAUUAAAAGUAGGACCUUCAUAAUUAGAGAUCAUUGGCUGUGUUGGGUCAGUUACUUAAUAAAGUAAUACACUACAAAUGACCAAUUACUUCUCUAAACUUUUAAUUAGAUUACUCAUUACAGAAAGUGUUUUUUUUUUUUUAACUCAAAAUAAUGUUUAUAUUUCUUCCUUGUUUAUUCUCCCAAGCAAGUAAUAUACUCAUUACACUGACUUGUUACAUGCCCUUCAGCUGUCACAGAAACGCAAACAGAUGUCAUAUGAACAUAAUUCAUGUUUUAAAUGUGUUUUACACAUAUUAUAAUAUUUUUGAAAUGUUCAGUACUUAAAAGUAAUUAAAUUAAUUGAAAGUCACUAACUGCAAUCUGAAUUCAAGAAUUUAAAAUGUAAUGCAUUUCACUACUUUCUGGAAAAAAAUGUAAUUAUAUUACAUUAACUAAUUACUUUGUAAUCACAUUACACCUAACACUGUCAUUGACACUAAAAAGUGUUAUGUAGCUUUCGGCAGUCUCCUGUGAUAGUGUACUGUGGCCUUAAAAUAUUUUUAUACUUCUUCUGUUUUUUUUGUUUUUUUUUCAUUAUGUUUUGGACUCAUUUCCAAGUUUGCUUUUAUAUUUAUUUAUUUAUUUAUAAUUUUAUUUUGUCUUCCUUAUAGCCUAGUGUACAAAGGCCUUUGCCUUGCUCUGGUCCAGCAGUGUAGGAUUACUGUUUUUACAAGUACCGAAGUAUCCAAUGUUAUUUUUGUGCUACUAUGUAAGUAUUCAAAUAGACAAACGGCUUCACAUCAACAUGUGUCAAACUGACCCGGAAAUCUCUAUGUUGUGGCUGUAACUUUAUCGAAACCAAGUUGAUGAUUACUGUAAAACCAACCAAUAACUUAUUGACUCAAGUUCUUGUUUAAAGGUUAGCAUAAUUGUGCACAUCUUUGUUGUGGACAGCCUUGUGUAUUGUGUGUUUUGUUGGGUUACAUUAUUAUGUGUAAUUUGACAUUUUGCAUUGGAUAUACAUUUUAAUUUGUUAGAUUGAAGCACAAAUUAAUUGGACACAAUGUAGUUUGAUCAAGUUUGCAAUUAGUUCAGAUUUUAAAGACAGUGAACCACAUAUCUAACAUAAAAAAAAAUUGUUUCAGAGAAAAUACAUUUGAAAAGUGAAUCAGUGAAUCAGUCUAUAAUGCAAUUUAGAGGUUUAUUGACCAGUUUCAUGUGUACAAGAUGCAUUUACAUUUUUGAUUGUGCAUGGACGGUGCUCCAUCAUGGACAUCAUGUUGUGUUAUAACCAAUGAACACAUCUAACGUUUUUAGUGUAUGGAUGUAUUUUUGUUUUUGUAUUUCAAAAAAUCAAAAAGCAGUGUUUCUGCAAUUGAUGGAAACUAGUGAGGACUUAUGUUGUGUUGUACAGUAUUUGAUUAAUGUUGCUGUAAAUGUUUUGCUAGAUUUAUAUUCUAUAAAACUGAAUAUUUGAACUUUGAAAACUUGAAAAUGUAC